CGGAACUGGUCAAAAUGGGCUUGAUCCCUGCUCGCACCCAGUCGCAGUCAAUCCAGAAAGCGGCAGAAUCCCGUGCACAUAAACUGGCUGGGUCCUCGCAUCGGACGUCCACGAGCCAAAAGGCAAAAGGCUCCAAGUCCAACGCUCCAGUGCAGCAGUCCGUGCCCACUAUCCUCCUUCGUCGAUCGGAAAGAAUCCUCCGCACCGCGCUCCACGUGCCUUCUCCAGGGCCUUCGAGCGCUCACCCAUUUCAGUCUAUGCAUGUCGUGAAUCUCAGGCCAGCAGGGGGCUCCUCAGUCUCUGCUGUCAAGUCGGAAUAUUCUCGGCGGGGAGUCAAUGAACAGGAGCCGCCUGACUCCGAGUCUGACUCGGAUGACAGCACAUCUGACCUGGAGAGGCGCUUAGUGAUAGUAGAUGCCGAGAGUCGUCAGGCAGACGCUGAUCUGCGCCAAGCAGCAGCAGAAUCGCGGCGGGAGGAAGUACGCCUGAAGGCGCUCAGGCUGAGGCUCGAGUUGGAGCGAAAAAAGAGGGCGAGUCGGCAUGGUGCCGGGGGCGAGCAGAGCACGCAAAACAAAAAGCGGCGAGUCUCCGCUCGGGGUGGUUCGGUGGAACGGAUCGACUUGACGCAGGGAGAGUGAAGGAUGUUAACAUGUAUGAUGGUAGUGCAGGUUGGAUUAUGAUUCUUGCUUACGAUUUUCGAUUUGUAUGAUAGGUGGGUGUUGGAAGCAUUGAAAUGUGUAUGUGUCGACUGUUAUCAAUUUCUACCUGCAAAUCCUGCA